AUGGAGAGUGCGAUUAGUUGCGGACGAGUUCCUCUUUCCCCUAAUCAAAUCUUCCAACCCAUACCCGCGGAUAAGUACCCAUGUCAUAAACAAUGCACAAGCCGGAGUUCAUUUACCUCAAUGCCAAUAGCUGCUCUAGGAAAAGGCGGUGGGGUUUUGGAGAAGCCUAUCAUAGAGAAAACAACACCAGGACGUGAAUCUGAGUUUGAUCUGAGGAAAUCGAGGAAAAUGGCUCCUCCUUAUCGAGUGAUGCUGCACAACGACAAUUUCAAUAAAAGGGAGUAUGUUGUGCAAGUGCUAAUGAAGGUUAUUCCUGGGAUGACGCUCGACAAUGCUGUAAAUAUAAUGCAAGAAGCACAUUAUAAUGGGCUAUCAGUUGUAAUAAUAUGUGCUCAAGCAGAUGCUGAAGAACACUGCAUGCAGCUCAGAGGCAAUGGCCUUUUGAGCUCGAUUGAACCUGCCAGUGGUGGUUGCUGA